UGUUGUGUGAUUUGAGUUUAAAAAAAAUUUAUCGUUUGACUUCGGUAGUAACGGGAUAUCAAGUAUGGCCGAAACGUCAGUCGGUGCGGAGUUUGCUCCGAUUUUACAAUGCUUGUUAUUACGAUUUUAUAACGCGAAUUGCUUGGUACACGGUGUUUCAAAUUCAAAAAGUUUCGAAACGAAAAUUCGAAAAGUACUAUAACAAGGUUGUCAGCACAUGUUUUUGGAUAGAGAAAGAAAAAAUGUCACCUAAACGUAUUAUUCUUAUGUCUUGCGGAAGCUAUAACCCUCCAACCAAUAUGCACUUACGAAUGUUUGAAAUAGCAAGAGAUCAUUUACAUCGAAUGGGUCAUCAUGUAGUAGUCGGUGGAAUUAUAUCACCGGUUCAUGAUGCGUAUGCAAAGAAAGAACUUGCAUCAGCGACCCAUAGAUGCUCUAUGCUGCGCUUAGCGUUGCAAGACAGUGAUUGGAUUAAACUUUGUACUUGGGAAACCAGACAAAGCGCUUGGACGAGAACUAGAAAAUCUCUUCAGUACCAUCAAAAUUUAUUAAAUCUGUUUUUGUUUGAUACAAACGAUAUUAAAAAUAAUAUACCAAAAGAGGAUUUAGAAUGGAUACCGGAGAAUAUAAGAAAUUGCGAGGAUCAAACGCCGAUUCAAAUAAAAUUGUUGUGCGGAGCAGAUCUUCUCGAAAGUUUUGGAAAGUCUGAUUUGUGGAUGGAGGAAGAUAUAGAUGCAAUAGUAGGUCAACAUGGACUCGUUGUCAUUACAAGAGAGGGCUCUAAUCCUAACAAGUUCAUAUAUGAUUCGGAUAUUCUUUCAAGACAUAUGAAUAAUAUUCAUAUCGUGACAGAAUGGAUUCCAAACGAAGUUAGUUCAAGUAGAAUAAGAAGAGCAUUCAAAAGAGGUGAAAGCGUAAGGUAUCUCCUUCAGGAUUCUGUCAUUGAUUAUGUCCACAAAAAUGGAAUUUAUAACACAAAUUCUACUACAACGACAAUGUACAGCAAAACCUGCAUGCCUACUGUAAGACAGAUGAUAGUUGACUGUCUUGCUGCUCGUCCCUUGCCAAUCCGAUGUGGCCCCUGCCUUACUGCUAAAAGUACUAAUAAUGCUACUAACAAUCGCAGUAGUAAUGGCGCCAAUUGCGUUAGUAGCACGGCUAACAGCAACAUCAGCAACAGCUACAUCAUCAACAACAUCAACAAGAACAACAACAACAACAACAACAAGAACGUACACCUAUGAGAGAGAACUUAGAAUUCGCGAGAUUAAUAUAAUAUCGUGAUAUACAGAAGAUUGCAACGAGAUCACAAUAAAUAGGUCAGUGCAGGAACUUGCAUAUUUUUUUUCUUUUCUCUUUCUCUUUAAUUUGAUCUUUAAUUUGAAACGAAAACAAUUUUGAAGUUUUCUUAAAUGUCUUCUUUUCUUUUUUUUCAAAAUUUUCUCUCUCACGAUAGAAGAUAUUGUAUUUGUAUAAUUUUCUUUUAAAGACAUUUCUCUUAGGUGUGUGUAUAUAUAUAUAUAUAUAUAUAUAUAUAUAUAUAUAUAUAAAUAUAUAUGUAUGUAUGUAUGUAUGUAUGUAUAUAUAUAUAUAUGUGUAUAUAUACACGUAAAUUAUAUUCGAUUAAAAAUCGAGAUAGAUAAACAAGACAAAAGGAACAGGAAAAUUGAUAAUAUUUCUCGCGAUAAAGAAUAGGAUUACUAGUAAUAUUUGUUUUAGAAAUAUCUAUGUGUGUAUAAAAGAAUACAUAUAUGUGUGUAUAUAUUUUACAAAAAUAUACAUAUAUAUAUAUAUAUAUAUAUAUAUAUAUAUAUAUAUAUAUAGGUGAGAAGAAUUGUUUAGCACGAAAAUAGCAAGAACGUGUUUAUUAUUACUUUCAGAGGGACAUUAUAAAAAUUUUGUAUGAAUUGUUAUUUUUUUAACGAAAGUCGACUUAUAUUCGAUUGAUUCGUACAUACCUAUGUACGAAUUUUUGAUUGAUACAUAUGUAUAUGUAUAUGGUUAGAGACUGAUUUAUAAUCGUCCAUGUGCUGGAAUCGACCUUUUUAUUUCCUUAGUUAUAUGUUCGAUUUUGAUAUAUACCUAUACAGGGUGUUCCAUUUGAACCCGAACGUCUACAUAUUUUGAUUGGAUUGAGCGGAAUAAAUAAAUCUUAUAAAACGAAGUUGCACCAUUCGAAAAAUUAAAUACAAUGAUAUAGAUAUUUUUUUUAUUUUCAAGAUCAUUUCUGCGAGAUAUCAAUACAUACGUAUUUCUUUUACUAUAGUAUAAUCGAUAAUAAAAAUAAAAGCCAUUUAAGAGGUACCAGUUUUUUGAUCUUGAGAUGAUUUCGUAGAAAAUCAAAAUUAUGUUUGACGAAAACAAAUGUGUAAAUUAAAAAAGUAAAGUGUUGGGAUCAUUUAUUGACGUAAUUUAUUUAUCUUUUAUCAUUAACUAUCCUUUUUAAAAACGGAAUAUGUUCUGUAAUAUAUCUACUUGACGCACAAUCAAAAAGAAAUAUUUAGAUAUUCGGGUUUAAUUAGUUAGAGAAGAAGCAUUUAAAUUUCGAGAGGCAAUCACAUAAUCUAGAAUCGUCUAGAAAUCAUUAAUCUUUUUUUGGUUUUCAUAAAAAACUGCAUCAAUUUUGCUAUAGAUCAAUGCUAUUUUUUUAUAGAUUUUCAAUCUCAUUUAUUUAAGACAGCUAAUAUCGAUAGUCCUAAUGAAGCGCUUAACGUUUAUAAUAAUUUUAUCGUCGUGCCUAUCCUUUCCUCUUUCUCUCCUUAAAAUUCAAACGAAAUAGCCUUACGAGUUAAUUAAUUAAUUAAUUAAUUAAUUAAUUAAUUAAUUAAUUAUAUUUGUCACCAGAGGAGAAAAUAAUAAUUGUAAUAGAAAAUCAAGCACGAAAUUAUAUGUAUAUAUAAGUUUAUAUUUAACAAAUACUGAAGAACAAAUACCAACCAUCUUGGUGAAAUAGCCUUACAAAUUAAUUAAUUAAUUAAUUAAUUAAUUAAUUAAUUAAUUAAUUAAUUAAUCAAUUGUACCUCCCAUUAGAGGAGAAAAUAAUAAUUAUAACGGAGAGUUGACGAUCGAAUCUACGAGCACGAAACUAUAAGUAUAUAGAAAUUAAUAUUAAUCGAAAAAAAAAGUAUAGAAGAAAAAUAAAAUAUCAACUACUAUCAACAACAACAACAAGAACAACAACAACAACAACAACAACUGCAACAACGUAAUCUAUUACUCGCACGUUGUAUAUGUUUGUAAUAUCGCAUUUAAAAUGUUAUGCUAAAAAUCGUGAAUCAUAUUAUUGAAACAUGUAUGCCAGGAUGAAAGAAAUAAAUCUUGAAGGAGAAA